CACUUUUUAAAUGUUUUAUUCCAACCCAGUAGGUGGCACCAUUGAAGUUGUUGCCAACGACGGUUAACACCACUGAAGAAGAACAGAUGAAGUCAUCUUGUGGGUAGUGUUCUUCCUCCAGUCCAGGGUAAGGAGGUUGCUACCUGGCGGGUCUGUCUGUUAGUAUGUCGUCCAGGAGAGAACAGACUUCCAGGUCCCUUUUAGUCGGCCUGCUGGUUGUACUGCUCAGUGACGCCAUCUCCUUUGCACACGCUAGUAAGAGUUUUGAAGAUGUGCGCUGCAAGUGUAUCUGUCCACCCUACAGGAACAUCACCGGACACAUUUACAGCAGGAAUGUCUCCCAGAAAGAUUGUAAGUGCCUCCAUGUGGUGGAGCCCAUGCCAGUGCCCGGCCAUGAUGUGGAGGCCUACUGUCUGCUGUGUGAGUGCAAGUAUGAAGAACGCAGCAGCAACACCAUCAAGGUGACCAUCCUCAUCUACCUGUCAGUGGUGGGCUCCCUCCUCCUCUACAUGUUGUUCCUGCUGCUGGUUGACCCUCUGAUCCGUAAACAUGACCCCUAUAUCCAGCCCCUUCACAACGAGGAGGACUCUGAGGACAUGCGGCCGCAGCCUGAGGGUGCCAGCGCUGCUCAGGGAGGCAGAAGUAACACCGUACUGGAGAGGGUCGAGGGGGCACAGCAGCGGUGGAAAAAGCAGGUCCAGGAACAGCGCAAGACUGUCUUUGACCGACACAAGAUGCUUAGUUAAACCCCAAUGGCUGGCUUCAGAUCAGAGGCUAGUCACCUCCUGAGCUUUGUCCACAUCUGCUGCUGUUAUACUGUCAUUAGCUACAUCGUUGUUGUUCAGGAUUUCAGUUCCUUUGCCAUUUCAAUACAUUCCCAGCACCUUUAGGACAGCUUAUGUACAGUAAUUCUGUUUGGAAUGAUGGCUGGCCCAAAUUGUCCUUUGUUUCCAAAAUGGUGGUUGCAGUCAUGACUCCAAAGCUAAAGAAUACAGAUGUGAUAGAUGUGUACCAAAUGAGGAGUAUAACAAAACAGCAUAAUGCAAGUUGCAUCUUCAUCUCUGCGUCAUACACUGAGUGUACAAAACAUUAAGAAUACCUGCUCUUUCCAUGACACCGACUGACCAGGGGAAAGCUAUGAUCCCUUAUUGAUGUCACUUGUUAAAUCCACUUCAAUCAGUGUAGAAUGAAGGGAUGGAGACAGUUUUAAAGAAGGAUGAUUAAGCCUCGAGACAAUUGGGACAUCGAUUGUGUGUGUGCCAUUCAGACGGUGAAUGGGCAAGACAAAAUAUUUGUGCCUUUAAACGGUGUAUGGUGGUAGGUGCCAGGCUCACCGGUUUGUGUCAAGAACUGCAACGCUGCUGGGUUUUUCCACACUUCACAGUUUCCCAAAGGACAUCCACCCAACUUGACACAACUGUGGGAAGCAUAGGAGUCAACAUGGGCCAGCAUCCCUGUGGAACGCUUUGAGGCUGUUCUGAGUGCAAGAAGGGGGUGGGGGGUGCAACUCAAUAUUAGGAAAGUGUUCCUAAUGUUUGUUAUACUCGGUGUAUACCGUUAAAUGAAACAAUAUAUUGCAAUGACGUCGUAAAAAAAAAAAA